UGCGGGUGUUGUGUUGGCAUUCUGCGCGUGACAUUUCCCUAACCUCGAAAAUCGCCGGUUGUGUUUGGACGCGUCCUUAAACACUCUCGUUUCCCGCUUGGUUUGUGCCCCUUUAUCAUUCUGCGCCCCCGUUGGGUGUCCCCCAGUGCGUGCGCCCCCGUGUAGCGCCUUUUCGUGCGUUCUUAACGCAAUUGUGCGUGAAACCAACCGGUCGACCAUUUUGUCAUUCAAGAAGUCAACAAUGUCCGAUAAACCCGCGGCCAAAAAAGCAAAAACCGGCGACGAAGCCAACAAUUUGGACGAUUCGAACGCCGAGGCCGAAAUGGACUCGGCCAUAAUCGAACUGGAGUCGUGCCACAACGACCUGGACAAGCUCAACGAGAAGGAAAACGAGGAGGUUAUCGCCUUGGACCAGAAGUACAGGAAGUUGCGACAGGAGUGCUACGACAGACGCAGCAAAAUCAUCGAGAAAAUCUCCGAUUUCUGGUUCACCGUUUUCACGGGACACCCAGACUUGUGUAAUAUUUUGACGGAGGAGGAGGAGGAUUGUUUACACUAUUUGAGGAAGCUUGAGGUGGACAUGGCUGAUAACAACUCCGGCUACAGCAUCAAGUUCUACUUCAAGGAGAAUCCGUAUUUCGAGAACGAUCUUCUCGUUAAGGAGAUUUCGUACAAACAGGACAAAAUGGCUUCGGAAAGCACCAAAAUCAAGUGGCUGAAGCCGCAGAAGAAGCCGGCGGGGAAAACCCCGGGGAAGAAGCGGACAAAGGACGAGCCCAAGUCAUUCUUUGGCUGGUUCAGCAGUAACGAUGAUCCGGCCAAUGAUAAAAUCGCCGAAAUUAUUAAGGACGAUGUGUGGGCUAACACUCUCCAGUAUUAUUUGCCUGAUCCAGACAUGGAGGGAGAGGAUGAUAGUAAUGAGAGUUCGGAAGGAGAGGACGAGGGAGAGGAGACUAACGGGGACAAGACUGCACAAGCGUCAGGAGAUGGGACUUCAUCAAAUUAAUUAUGUAGUAGAAUAGCUCAUUGUAUUUUUUUUAAUUUUUAUCGAGGGUCAGUCUCAGUUAGAUUAAGAAAAUUCGAUUACAUUAUUAAGUUCUUGUGUAUUUAUGUGACGUUUGUGGAAAAAUAAAUCUUUUCUAUGAC